ACACAUUAAAGUGGUUUUGGUUUGACAAUAGCAGUUUGAAAUUUUUAACGAACAUAAAUAACCAAACCAUACCAGUCAGUGUAACAUUACCUGAAUCAUUUGUUUUGUCCGUUUGUUUGUACCAUUGUCUGAAUAAAAAAUAUCGCAUUUUUGUGUGUUUUUUUUCAUUGGACCUUGAGUGGCUUAAGAUUUGUCGACAAAAUUCUUUUCACGUUUUUUUUAUUUUACUUACUUUCAAAUAAAAGUACUGACCGCAAAAUGUCGUCCAGUGAUGACAAAACCGAUAGCGGUUCCCAAAACAAGCUCGACAUCGAAGCAUUUCGCCAUCAUUUGUUGAACUACAGAUCUAAAGCCGAUGAAUCGGAAUCCGAUCUUACGUAUCAUUUCGAUUUGGAUUCGUCGUUCAAGCGAAUUCUUAAUGAAAAACGACAAGUGACCAACAAGGAGAAUAAACCACCGUCAGCCGAACAAACAACAUCAUCGGCUAAUCCACCAGAAAAACCAUUGCGAAAAGAUUUGAUGAAAGAACGUCUUCGCAGUCGAGUGGAUGAUUCAUACAUGGAUCAAUCAUCAUAUGUGAUGGAAUAUAGCAUUGGCACUGACAUGGAAUUUGCGACAAUCAAUCGCUUAUUGGCCGAUUUCAACAUAAAUCGGGACUCUUCAGUGAGUCAAAAACGGUCACCGUUGAAAAUGCUAAAAAUCACUGGCGAUUCGUUGAACGAAGCUGGCCCUUCUUACCAAUCUCAACGCACUGAAGAAGUAUAUGAACGCUCCAAUACGUCCUAUGCAAGAGCUCAAGAAGCCAACAAUGUUGCUGGAACGUCAUCAUCUAUCAAUGCCGAUGACACACUCGAAGAAAUCGAAUAUGUUCUGGAUCGUGGCCUAAACUAUGUGCCAAAACGUCUGAUCAACGAGAUAAAAUCUAAAUCUGUUCUAGAUGAUUCGGAAACUAGUGGGAAUCGAUUCAAAACGGAAUCGCAAGCAAGUCAAAAGUACGAUGAAAAUGGAGAGAACAUCGAAAAUCAAGAGAAUGAUGCGAUUGGAAAUGAGAAAAGUAUUCGUACAGUUUCCGAUUAUAAGAUGGUUGCUCAAUUCGAUGAAAAUGAAGUGAUUGUACUUGAUUCGAGUCCAGAGAAUAGUUUUAUCACAACACAGAAUACCGAAUGUUACAAAUCAGCAUUUGAGUCAAUCGAAACCACGUAUCACACAGCUAAAUCCGAUCCGAAUAAUGUGUCGGUGGUAUCAAUUGAUUCAGAUUCAACGAUCAAUCAGUCUGAAGAGAAACCAAGUGAACAAUCCGGUAACGAAUCAACGAAGGAAAAAUUCGAUGAAGAAUGUUUGGAGCUGAGCUCAAGCACACACAAAGAUAGUACGGGUGUCAGCGAGAAAUUCGGUGAUAUGCCGAACUUCAAUAAUACACUGGAACGUGUUGAAUACAUGAUGGAACAAGGCCGAAAGAUGCUUACCGAUAAAAGUUCAAAAUUGACACCCACUCGUUAUGUGCAGCCGCAACACAUGCAGAACAAGAAAACACCACUUUCACAAACCAAAUCGAAAGUGUUGACGCCAAACAGUGCAUCGCUGAAGAAAGCGGCUGGUAAAUAUUUAACGCCAAACAAGGUCGAUAUGUUCAAACGGCCCGAUCAACGCAAUGUACGGUCACCAUUUGCGGCUAAGUCCGCAUCUGCAUCCAAGGCCCAUGCGGCACCAGUUCAAUCUCGGAUUCCCAUGAAAACUGCAUCACUGCACAAGCCACAAUUCCGUCAUAUUGCCAGCCCAAUAGCAGCCUAUAUUAAUAACACACCGGAGGUACCGCUGAUGAAAACGAUUAAACCGAUGCGAAAUCUGCUCACCGAAGAUUUUAGCAAAUCUUGCGCAUCAAGAGCACUCGAUGAAAGCACCCAAAGCGUUGAAUCGUUUCCGACGAAAUCAGCAUUGCCGCGCAAGAUGUACAUAUCGGCCGCACAACGAAAGAUCAUUGAUCAUCGGCAUAUUGUGACGCCAGGCGGAAAAUCUGUUCAAAAGUUGAUUGGCAAUCCGCCAUUGAUCAUUCGUCAUGAUGGAAAGAUGAAGAGUCACGGUCACCAAGCGCACGCUCAAGCACCUCCAUUCGAAGAUAGUUUGGCUGAUCUGUCCGUGGCUUCGGGUGAUAUUUCGGUUCAAGUAGUUCGAGAUGUUCAUCGCAAAAAUUAGGCAACACACGAUUGCGCAUUGUAAUAACCUGCUUGUUUUUCCUACUUUUCCACUUACCGUGCAUUUUUCUCUUCCCUUCUGUUUUCAAAUCCGUUGAAAAAAAAUCAGAUAAAUUAGUAUUUAAAAUGCAUUUUGACUUUGAAACAACAUUGAAAAUAUUUUAUUAACAAUUUCACUUUAUAAUAUACUCUGUAUUAACUGAAACGUGCUGAUUAAGUGUUGAAAUUGUUGAUUAGGUUUAGUUCGAUCGAUUGUUACGAUUGAAAAGUCGACUUUGAUUGAAGGUCGUCUUUUCCAGCCAUUCUUCAAUCAUUUUUAAAAUAUUUAACAUUUAAAAGUCGAUCAUUUUCACCAAACAAUUGGUCGAACGGAACUGAAAUCUAUUCGAUUGUUUUCUAAUCAGAGAAAUGAUUUGUUUGUUCGCCGAAUGGUCGAACGAUGGACUGAAUCAAUAUUUUUGUUUGCACAAGUGAUGUUUUCUCGAAUAAAAAUUAGAUUAAAAUUGGAACAAA